GAAAGUUAAAUUAUUGAAGAUACCAAAUGUACAACAGCAAAACAGAAUGAUAAUCCACACCCAAAUUCACUUCAAUUCUUUAAUAGUUCUUUAUUGUGUGGUCACUUGCCAGUACUAUAAAUCACUGUCGAACAUGAGAGCUUUGUGAUCAGAUGAAGACCAAAGUCCCUUUGGAGUGUUAAAAUUGUGAUCUAAGCUACCUCUUCCGUUAUCCUCUUAAAUCUUCUUCCUCUUAAAUAUUACACGCAUAAAUAGAUAUGGAGGAGAUUCGCCGGGCUGCUGGAGCUUAUUACAAACAUCUGCCCGAAAAUAAAAAGGAACAGGCCAGAAAGACUUUCAAUGCCAUGGAUAAGAACGGAGACGGGAAAAUUAGCGUACGUGAAUACGUGGACUAUCUCAAUGAAAAUAAAGCCACAGAUUUCACUCAUCAGAGCAUCUUUAGCGCGCUGGACAAGGACAGCAAUGGAAGCUUGGAUUUUGAUGAAGCAACCGUCUUGUACUACAUCAUGCAGAGUGGAAGGGCUAUAAUUUGCCAGUCUUGUAAGACGUUCUUGGCAGGUGCAUACUUCAGCUGCUCUGAAUGUUUCUUCAAUGAUUCAGUUAGCACCUAUGAAAUUUGUUGUGAAUGUUAUGGUGAUAAAAAGUUCACACACCACGAUGGUGCCAUCUUCUGCGAUAACUAUACUUUACUUUGUCAAAGCAGGAGCGCGACACAAGCGGCCCCCACUCAGAAGCAAACCAUGGUGCUUAACGUCGUUAAAAAGGGACUGCAAGUUGCAGGCAUAACUAGUAGUGAUGUUGGAGGCAUAACUGGUAUUGGUGAUGGUGAAUCAAGAUCUAACUGUAGCAUUAUGUGAAAGAAACCAAUGAUGCAUUUUAUCACCAGUCACAUGCAUCCAAUCGUACAAUAAAUAUCUCCGAUGAGCUAAGAGGAAAUGACUGAAAAUUUACUGGAAACUCUUCAAGUGGGCUCGGAUCCAGUAGAGAAUAAACUCAAGUUACUUUGUAUUGCUGUGUGUCUUUUCUGUGGCAAUAAUUGUAUUCUCAUGCAUUCGAUCUCCAUAGUCUCAUGUGUACUUUUGGAGGGCAUUGAGAACUUGUUUAAUCUUAAGCUGCUUUUGUGUAAAAUCAUGUAGUUAAUGAAGCUUUUCUAGUAAAAUCA